UCUAGAUUCUCUUCUUCUCUAAACCUCGUUCUUCUUCUUCAUGCCGCUUUGAAGUCUUGGUUUUCCAUAUUCUAUAAGAGACGAAAAAGAUGAGGUAAUUUCUCUUCGAUUUCAUAAUCCGAGUUUGUGUUUUUCUUCUUCUUCUUCUUCAUGUUCUGAGUUUCUAAAUCCUAAUCUUCGGUUUGAUUGUAGUGAUCUAGGGUUAUAGAAACGCAGAGGGAACAAUUCGCCAAACUGUGGGACUAUGAGAGGGAGCUUCAGCGUUCAAAUGAUAAUACCACGACUGAGAUUGUGACUAUUCCUCGUGAAGAUGGUAGGUUUGUCUUUGAUAGAUUCUACAUCUGUUUUGAGAAUCUGAGGACCACAUGGAAGCGUUGUUGUCGGCCUAUUAUUGGUCUUGAUGGAGCGUUUAUGAAAUGGGAGUUAAAGGGUGAGAUUCUUGCAGCUGUUGGACGGGACGCGAAUAAUAGGAUUUAUCCUAUAGCUUGGGCAAUAGUUAGAGUUGAAGAUAAUGCCUCAUGGGCUUGGUUUGUUGAUAAGUUGAAGUCUGAUUUGGAUUUGGGUUUAGGAAAUGGAUUCACUAUCAUAUCCGACAAGCAGAAAGGUUUGAUUAAUGCUGUUGCAGACCUCCUUCCGGCCGCAGAGCAUAGACAUUGUGCUAGACACAUUUUUGCAAAUUGGAAGAAGGUCUAUGGAGCGUCAGAGUAUGAAGAUUAUUUCUGGGCAAUUGCGUACAGCUUCACUAAAGGUGAUUAUCAGUUCAAUUUGCACGCCUUAGAAGUGUUCGAUGCAAAGGCACACGAGGACUUACUGAAAACAGAACCGAAGACAUGGUGUAGAGCGUUUUUCAGUACACAUGCACGAUGCGAGGAUGUGUGUAACAACCUCUCCGAAAGUUACAACAGAACAAUCAGAGAAGCUCGUAAGUUGCCAUUGAUUAACAUGCUCGAGGAGAUUAGGAGGCUUGCAAUGAAGCGUAACUCUCGAAGGCGUGACAAAACAAGUGGUUGUUCAACUCCAUUUCCACCGAACAUCAUGGAGAUCUUUGAGCAAAACCGCAAAGCAAGUGACCACUGCACAGUGAUCAAAAGUAGUGAAAGCUUAUAUGAAGUCAGUGAGUUCGAUUGUAGCUACGAAGUAUGUCUUCCAUAUAAGCAUUGUGCUUGUAAUCGAUGGGACAUCACGGGGAUACCCUGCCAACAUGCUAUCUAUGUCAUAAAUGAGCAUAACAAGGAGCCUGAAGACUAUGUUGAUCCUUACUAUCUGACAACAAGGUGGCAAGAAACCUACGAAAACAACAUAAAACCUGUCAACGGAGAGAGACUGUGGGAGAAGACAUUCAAAGAUCCUAUACAAAUCCCUGACAAAAGAAAAAUGCCAGGACGUCCAAAAAAUUAUGAUAGGAUCAAGGAGGCACAUGAGUCCAAGACAAACCCGACGAAGGCCACGAGAGAAGGUAGACGCAUGACAUGUAGCAACUGUAAGCAAACUGGUCAUAACUGUGGAACUUGUACUCGACAAGCUGUUCCUGAUGUUCCGAAAGGCAAAAGAGGACGACCAAAAAAGACACCAACUCCGGUAAGUAACAAGUAGAUUGAUGAUAUAUUC